AUGGCUGACCGCGUCCACGCCCUCCGCACAGGGAGGAGUCCAGGCAGAAGUCUGCGCCCGCCACCAGUCUCCGGCCCCUCGUCCCAGUCAAAAGGGAAGCAGCCCAUCCGCCCCAAUCCCCAGUUCGAAGCGUACCACAAUCCGUGGCGACUGCCAGAGUCUGACCCCGACGACGGAUUCUGGAGCUGGCUUUUCACACCUCCCUCAAAGCCUUCCUCGCUCCCGUCUUCUUCUCCAUCAGUUGUCUCUGCGGCGCAGGGAAAGGGAAAGAACAGUAUGGGUUACGACGGAUAUGGAGGAUACGCAGCAUACGGAGGGUAUGACGAUGAGGACGACGCAACGGAGGCGAAAGGCGCAGCUCGAUGGUUGAAGCCUCUCGCUCUCCUCUUCACCGUUGCACUUCUCAUCACGUUUGUAGCACUGGUGCCGCCGCCAAGCUACGAGUCUCGCGGUCCGAGACCCAAUUCGACAUUGAUCGUCCAAUCUUCUGACUCCGACGUACCAUCAGACUUCGUUCGAGAGCUGGCCGAGGAACAUCCCGAUGUAGAACAACCAGGGGACGCCGAAGCGCAGCGCGUGUUCCGCAUAGUCCACCAGCCCCGCUAA